GACGAAUGGCUGAACGACGCCGCGGAGGACGACAACAUCUCUGCCUGGUCUCCAAUCCGCAGAACUACACGGACGGCCAGCUUUUUGAGGAUGUCCAGAGAUUGAAGCCUCUGCGAUUGCCCAUCUUCCACGGCAUGCGAGUGGUGUUCACUCGCAAUGUCCGGAAGGAUAUCGACUAUGUCAAUGGCAUGGAGGGCUCCGUGCUUUCCUUCGACGCCUGCUCCCAGGCCGUUGAGGUCCUCACUGAGACGAAAUUCCGGGUGAACCUGCGGCCGCGGUCGGACAUGGACCUUGGAGGGUUCACCUGCUACCCUCUGAAAGGCGGCUACUCGGACACUGUCAUCAAGCUUCAGGGAGCGGAGCUCCAGCAAGUCAUGGACUUGUGA